UGAGAGCAGAACUCUUCUGUCAGUAAGCGGAAAGGGUAGGAUUGGUUGGAGCAGAGUGCCCAGACGAAUACAAACAUGUCGUAUCAAUUCUAAAGAUAUACUGAAAGACUUGCUUACGAUUUAUACUGAAUAUGACACCAAUAUGAUGUCGUCUUUCCUUCGCAAUGACACAAAUGUCUCUAUCGGAUUAUGAAUUUUUAUGAAUUAUUUUCUCUGCCCGAAGAAGUGCAAACAUGACAUGACAAAGAAAAUUACUUACAGCUGAUGUCUAGAUCAUACAAUCACUCAAUGACGAUUUAUAGGUGGGAGUGUGACCGAUCUAGCUUGUGAUAUAUCGUGCUGCUUCUAGCAAAACGUUUAAGGUGUUAUUUGUACCGGAUGUGCUCUGGAAAGUCUUAGAAGCAGACAUGAAAUUUGCAUUUUAACAAAAACACGAUAUAAACAGGGAAUUUGUUGAUAACGGGAUAUUGCGCAUACCAUCAACUUUUUUCCUGAACAUGUGUUAGGCUUGGAAUUGGAUGCUCCAUUUUUGUCAAGGACGGUCAGUUGAAGAUGCUCCAUCAUCUACGCCAUACCAAAUGAUCCCUCGCCGCCCAUCUACAAAAUUCAACAUAGAUUCGUCAGACCAACACGCAGUUCUUAGAAAUGCAACUUCACACUGUAACUAGUUUUGGCUGGAUACGCAUGUUUUCAUGACGUCAUGGAAGAGUGGGAUAAAAAUGUCGUGGAAAUUUAUUGUGUCCACAAUGCGUCACGUACAUUUUGUCACAAAAAUAUAUCCGAGAUAGAAAAUGUAAAAGAAGGCGAUAUAGAAAUUUGGACUCCUGACGUCAUACAACGUGUAGCGUCCAUUGUCGUCAUCAUGGUGCUGACGCUAGUUGGUAACACCGUUAUCAUUAUCAUCCUAACGUGCAGUAGGUACAGAAAGAGGAACAGCCGUGUCAAUAUAUUUAUCAUCAAUCUAGCUGUGGGUGACCUGACUGUUUGUGUGGUAACUAUGACAACAGAGAUUUUGUUUGUGGCGUUCGGUGAAUGGGUUCUUGGAGCUGCAGCGUGUAAAAUUUUAACGUAUGUACAAGUUGUGACGUUAGCAAGUACAACGUUCAUUUUGACGUCAAUGGGAUUUGACCGGUACAUGGCUAUUUGUCGUCCCUUAAAGUUUAGGAGCUCACAUACAAGAGCCCGACGAAUGAUCAUCAUAUCCUGGACGCUUGCAUUCAUCUUUGCGAUUCCACAGCUUCUUAUUUUUGUGCAGACCGUUGACGAAAUACUUCCGAAUGGAGAAAUUCAAUAUGGCUGCCGCAGCCAAGGAUACACUGCCAUGUGGCAGCGGAAGAUUUAUUUCCUGUUUAUGACAAUGUAUAUCCUAAUUGUUCCUGCCAUUUUGUUAUCUUAUUGUUAUGUAAAUGUGGUGAUAGUUGUCUGGAGGCAAGGGAAGCUGAUCAAUGGAACAAAUACUUGUUCUUUACGGAAAUCAAUCGUCAACACCAGUGCAAUACCUAGGGCUAAAAUAAAGACCGUCAAGAUGACGUUUUGUAUAAUAAUCAGUUUUAUUGCCUGCUGGACUCCGUAUUUUGUGACCACACUCAUAAGGAUCUAUAGUAAUUACACCUACAAGUUUACACCGUCUGUCAUGGCAUUCGCCGAGACGUCUACUCUACUACAAAGUGCUUUAAAUCCUCUCAUAUAUGGAUUUUUCAAUAUACAGAUUAAGCGAGGAUUAAUGGAAGUGUUUUGUCCCGGAAGGAUUAAUUCCCGAGAACGUGAGGAGAUUUACAAUCACGCUUCCGAUUGUCUCACAGUUUCCGGUGAUUUUAAGUGUACAAAUCGCGGUAUGCUCAAACUUAAAGAACCAAAUUCCUCGUCCAGUAGUGGAUCCUUCGAUAGGGGGCGCUCGUCACACGGGUGUAUAAUCGCAGAGGCAAACACCAAUGGGUUUAAAUUACGUGUGCGUUUUCUGUCGAAAGAGAAAUUAUGUGUACAUGAUCGGGUGAGUUACUCACGAUGUUCGGCGAAGGAAAAUGACAAUGAUCAUGUCACUUGUGAUAGCGUCAUGUAAGAAAUGUAUGACGUCACAUUUUAUAUGUAUUUUGUUAUCUCAGUUAUACAACUGUAAAACACCUCAGUUUGGGGUAUGCGGAAUAUACAUGGGUUGAUAAAAGGAAGAAAGGCAGGUUGUUAAACAUAUAAUGAAAAACGGACCAAUAACGAUACAAACUUGGUGGACUAAGAAUGACGUCAUCAUGACGUCAGAUUAUAAUGGUGCUCAGGUAAGUUAAACAUCAACGACGAAGUCGUACAAUGACUAAUUCAUACAAGUUUAACGUAGAUGGUGAAGAUACAUGUUAAAAUAAGAUCGCUGUGCCGACAGCAUCAUGACGUCAUAGAUACUGACGCGUUACCAAUGGUGCUAGUCAUUGAAAUUGAUGUAAACACCGGUUAUUAAUUUUGUACUGAGAUACUACAACGUAUGUUAAUACAAAUAACUAAUUUAGCAUAACAAAAAACAAUAGUCAAAUGAUGCCGUCAUAAUCGAAUAACUAUUUCAAAACAGACAAUACGGUGUCACAAGCGAAACAUUUUGACAAAUCAGUUAAUUUGCAUAUGUCGUGAUCAACAAGCUAUUCCAGAUUUUAUGUGGGAUGACGAUAUGAUUGGAUAUUUUUUACAAUCGUCUAUAAAACUGUUAAUUUCUCAUUGAAGAAAACAACAUACAAAAAUGGUAGUAAAUAAUAUAAAACUAAACCAAAUUUACAUUCCAUAAUUUAUAUCAUUCUUUAAGACGUAUUGUACCUCAUAUGGAAUAACAAUUAAAUAAUGACUUCCCCAAAAAUUUAGAUAAUACAAUACAAAAGUUGGUGUUCUUUUUGGUAUUCAAUUUAUCUAACAUAAUCAAGGGCAUCGAAAAAAUCUAGCUGAUAGAUUUAGGAUAAGGACUGAUCUACGAAAUGCACAAUAGUUACGGUGGCUGAAAAGAACCUCAAUUAAAGGAUCAAUCGAAGCAGGAAUGUUCUAUUUUUGUCAGCGAAGAGUGAUU